GAGGCCGGAGCGCUGAUUGGCUGCUCGCUAGGGCGUGUCGCUCUGCUGCUGACGUCACGCCACGUCUGAGGUUUCCCCCAUACAGAGCGGAGAGAGGCACCUGGGCCCGAGGAGACGACAAGUACCGGGAGCAGCAGCCAUGAUCCCAGACGAGACCCCCUUGUUUGACCCCCAAUUGCUGGAAGAGAUUGACUGGAGUCAGAAUACUGUGUCGUUCAGCCCCCCUAUCUCUCCGGAGCGCCCCGGUGAAGGGCUCGUCCUGAGACCCCUGUGUACUGCGGAUAUAAACAGAGGUUUUUACAAAGUACUCGGUCAACUAACUAAGGUUGGAGAUGUCACUGCAGAGGAUUUUAUCAAAAAAUUUGAAGACAUGAAGAAGACGGAGGAUUACUUUGUGACAGUGGUGGAAGAUCUGAACCUGGGUCAGAUUGUCGCCACCGCCACGUUAAUCGUAGAGCAUAAAUUUAUACACGGCUGCGCCAAGAGAGGUCGGAUAGAAGAAGUUGUCGUCAGUGACGAAUGUCGGGGGAAACAGCUUGGAAAACUGUUGUUGUCCGUACUCACUCUCCUAAGUAAAAAGCUUGACUGUUACAAAGUAACCCUGGAGUGUAAACCCAAGAACGUGGCAUUUUAUGAGAAGUUUGGUUACACGGCCUCAGACGAAACCUACAUGCAGUGCCGAUUCUUCGAUUAAUGAAGAGGGAAGGAAAAAAAAAAAGGACUAUAAACUUGCCAAAGUGACAAAUGGAGGAAAAUGUAAUUCCGGGAAAGCGGGUCCUGUAACAAAUCUGUAAAUAAUGCGAUUUACUUUUACACUCACAAUUGUUUCCAAAUGGACUUUACUACCAUGAACUAUGACGGAAGAUUUUAUUUUAUUUAGGAAAAACAAACAAAAAAAAUAAAUAUAUAUAUAUUAGUUAGGAUAUGUAAAACAUCAGAGCCAGUGCACAGGUAAAACCAGGAAAAGGAGAGUAGAAAAUGGGGGUACGGGACGAGCGCU